GUAGUACAACGCCAAACACGAUAUACCCAACCAACAGGAUUUAGAUGAGAGACGCAAGUCUUACGGGUGCAAGCCUGAACUGGAUUUUUUUUUUUCUGUCUGAAACUGUGCACCUGUUACUCGCUUUCCGGAUAUACUUCUAGUGACUGGGUGGUUCAGUUAGAUUUAUUUAUUUUUUUACUUUUACUUGGACGCUUUUGUCGCGAUUUUUAGGAAGGAAGAAGUACCACAUUUGGAAGUUUACAAAGUUUAGUACUGAAGCAAAGAAAUGAGCUCCGUCGUGUUUGGUCAGGACCGUAACGGGCGGCAUGAGCAGGUCACCUUUCUGACCAAUAAAGAGAAGAUGGCAUCAAAGAGGAAGACCGGGGUGGUGGUCGGGGUCGUUCUCGCCGUGCUGGUGCUAGCUGCUGUGGCUGGUGUGCUGAUAUGGCUCUUCGCGAUUAAGGGCCCCAGAUUGAACUCCACCCCCUCGGUGAGUCAGAAGCGGAGCCCGGCCACACGAGUGUACAGCGGGCACAUGCGGCUGUCCAGGCUCAACUACAGCCAGAAGCUGGAGGACCCCCACAGCGCCGAGUUCCAGGACCUGGCGGACGACCUGGAGGAAGUGUUGGAGCAGACAUACAAUAAUGAUCCCUUCUUCUCGAAGUACUACAACAAGUCGGUCAUUGCUGCCUUCAGUGAAGGGGUGCUGGCGUACCACUGGACCCAGUUCAACAUCCCGGCAGAGAACCUGGAGGACCUGCCCCAGUUCACAGAGGAGCGGGUCAUCAAGGUUCUGCGGGCCGGGAUCCGGCAGGAGGGCAAGCGGAGCGCUCUGAUGCUGAUCAUCACUGACAUCACUGCCUCUAGCACGGAUCCAAGAAUGGCCAGGAACCCAAGAGCAAAGGAAUGCUUCUUCCUCCUGGAGGCCAACGACAAGAUCCAGACCAUUGAGUCCCCGAACUUUCCAGAGAACUAUCCCCCCAAGACGCGCUGCCAGUGGCAGAUAAGAGCUCCCGAGCACACCGCCAUCUUCGUCAAGUUCCCCUUCUUCCACGUGGAGGACGACUGCUCCAACGACUUCGUCUACAUCUACGACUCGCUAAGUCCGGACGAGUCCCAGGCCAUCACCAAGAAGUGCGGCCAGAGGCCUCCCACUAACCCCCUGGAGCUGGUGUCCUCCAGCAACAUUAUGCUGAUCAACCUGAUCUCAGACAGUGAGAUCCAGAGGCCGGGCUUCAAGGGCGAGUACUCAGUCAUUCCCAUAACCACAGCCAAAAGCUGCGGGGGGGUUCUUACCAACCUGACCGGGACCCUCAGCUCGCCCCAUUACCCCAGCUUCUACCCUCCUGCCCUGGACUGCAAGUGGACCAUCGAGGUCCCCGAAAACAUGAAGAUCCGGGUGAAGUUCAGCAUGUUCCGCAUGAAGGAGCCAGGAGUGGACACCCUGUCCUGCCACAAGGACUACGUGAUGCUGAUGAAGCAGAAGUACUGCGGAGAGCGCACCAUGCUGGCGGUUACAAGCGACACCAACAAGAUGGAGAUCACCUUCCACUCAGAUGAGUCUUACACUGACAAAGGCUUCAUGGCCGAGUACAGCGCCUACGACCCCAAGAACCCUUGUCCCAAUCAGUUUGCAUGUGCCUCUGGGAUCUGCAUCAGCAAAGACCUGCAGUGCGACGGCUGGAAUGACUGCGGAGACAUGAGUGAUGAACGCAAGUGCAGUUGCGAAAAGGACCAGUUUGCCUGUGCCAACGGCAUGUGCAAGCCCCAGUACUGGGUGUGCGACCGCGUCAACGACUGCGGGGACGGCAGCGACGAGCAAGGGUGCAGCUGCGAGACGAACGAGUGGAAAUGCGGGGACGGCUCGUGCAUCGGGCAGGACCUGGUGUGUGAUGGGAAGAAGGACUGCAUGGACGGCAGUGACGAGUCCUCCUGCAGCAAGCCCACCGGCAUCUGCACGGACUUCACCUUCAAGUGCAAGAACAAGUUGUGCGUGAACAAGGUGAAUGCCGAGUGUGACCGGGUCCAAGACUGCAGCGAUGGAUCUGAUGAAGAAGGCUGCGACUGUGGCAUCAGGCCCUACAAGCACAACCGCAUCGUGGGCGGGCAGAACGCCGACAUCGGGGAGUGGCCUUGGCAGGUCAGCCUCCACUUCCAAACCCAAGGGCAUGUCUGUGGCGCAUCCAUCCUUUCCAACACCUGGCUGCUGUCUGCCGCCCACUGCUUCAAGACCGCAGUGCCUGACUACCACGAUGCCAACAACUGGCAGACCUACAGUGGCAUGCACGACCAGUACAACCUGGACGAAGUUCAGAUGCGCAAGCUCAAGACUGUCAUCACCCACCCGGACUACAACCAGAUGACCUUCGACUACGACAUAUCCCUGCUGGAGCUGAGUGAGCCACUGGAGUUCACCAACACCAUCCACCCCAUUUGCCUGCCUGCCAGCACCCACGUCUUCCCCGCGGGCAUGCCCUGCUGGGUUACCGGCUGGGGGACGCUCCGAGAGGGAGGUCGUACUGCCAGGAUCCUGCAGAAGGCGGAGGUAAAGAUCAUCAACGACACCAUUUGCAACGUGGUAACCGAGGGCCAGGUCACCUCCAGGAUGCUCUGCAGUGGCUUCCUGGCCGGAGGAGUGGACGCUUGUCAGGGGGACUCUGGGGGGCCGCUGGUGUGCCGGGAGGAGAGCGGGAAGUGGUUCCAGUCGGGCAUCGUGAGCUGGGGUGAGGGGUGCGCCCGCCGGAACAAGCCGGGCGUCUACACACGUGUCACCAAACUCCGACAAUGGGUCAAGGACACCACGGGUAUAUAGAGGGGGAUGCAGAGGAAGAGAAGACCAGCACAGGGGGGUUAGGUGUCGAAUUAUGAGGAAUGGGGACUGACUCUUAGAGUGAUUUACAAAGGGAAAGUGGGGCUGCCAGGCUACUGCCAACGUGAGAUUUAACAGCAAGGGCUUGGAGAAAGGAGCUACGGUGUGACACAGGUUCACUUUCCAGCCCAAAUUAGAUUAAAACGGAGAUUCAGCACUGCAAAUAUGCAGGACUUUUUAAAUAUGUCACUACUCCACAGCAGGUUCCAGAAGAUAAUCUGGAGUCUCAAAACUUAUGCACAUGUUGAGCUACCCGAUACAGAUGAUACCUCUACUAUACAAAUGCAGUGUUUUACGUAUUUGCACUGCUGGAUCUCAGAUAUUCCAAACCAAAGACAAUCAGGCUCUCAAUGCAGAAUAUGAACGGAUGAACUUGAUUUUCAUAUUUUGGGGGGAAAAAAAAACAGAUUUAUGGGGAAAAACAAAUUCAAGUUUCUUUAUGUGGUCAAGCUUCCUGGAAUAGCUGUUUAAAUAGCUGUUUGUGUAAAGUGAUGGAUAUAAAGUAUUAAGAUGAAUUCAGAAGAUUCCGAUGUCCUAUGACUAGUGACUGCAGAGCCAGUCUAAACAAACAAGGAGCAUGGACUUUGAAGUACACAAAAGGCUUCGCAUCAGUUUUCAAGUACCAUGUUGGUAAACUUGAACAGGGAUUUGGUGGGGUGAUUGUAAAGAUCCAUGAAGGGGCCAGAGUAUGAAUAUUUUUUGUUUGUUUCUCUCCCUGUUGUUUUAGAUGUCUCUUGUGGCCUCUAAAAUGUUGAGUCAUGAACUGCGAUAUUGAAUUAUUUAUGAGUGACCAAAGUAUGUUUGGAGAAACGGGUUUGGGUCCAAACUUUUUAACCUGAGGGACUAGAGUGUCUCACUCGACACUGCUCUGCUGACUGGGAUUUUGUGCAGAAUUUUAAAAAAUUAUUUUUGGGAUAUUUUACACUUGAAUCUACAUCAGUUUCAUCUUCAGUAAAGAGAAGUUGUGGAUUUUUUUGACGGCAUAAAUCCAGAACCCAGUAGACAUUUUUCCCCACAUUGUUAAGAUUUAAUAGACACCACUGUGAACAUAAAACCCAACUUGGAGAUUUCUGUUGAGAUGUGCUGCAACAUUAGUCAUUGUCAGGUUGCAAUCGGUAACACACUCUUGCUGUGCAAAGCAGAAAGAAACCGUGGAUCUUCCAGUCCAAUAAGAGUUAUGUUUUGCCUCUCGCUAGUCAUCCCCCUAGCAGGUCAGUUUCCCCUUGGUGAAUCAGUUAGCGGGAAACAUCCAACAGAAAGUUAUUCCCAUCCAUUCCCCUCAUCCCAGGCUCUUUGUUAUUAGAGAACAAUGUAGAAUUUGUCUGAUUUUUUCUCCUCUUUAAACCUUUGUUCUUCUACUGUAUUAUUUAAAACAUUAUAAAAGUCUAUCAGCGCCUGUUCUCAAAUUGUGUGCUCAAAUAGCACAUUUGAGACGUCUCCGAUGUAUCCAGCUGCAUUACAAAUAAUUGGCUGAAUUGUGCCAGAACUAAAUGGCUCCAAAGUACAGGUCCAUGGUAUUGACCCACACAUACACUAAAGGCAGCUGGAUACAUCAAAGGCACCUAUGUGUGCAUUCCAGCAAAUUAUUUUUGAAAACAGCUGCUGAUGGACUGGGUCUCUUGUAAAUAUUGAUUUGUUGUAUAAAUAUUUUAAUGACGUGGACUGGUACAAUGUGUUUAUCGCAUCGUGGACAUAAUUCUGAUGUUUGCUUUUUAUGUUUGUAUGUGACAUAUUUUUUUUUAACAAAGAUCUACGUAUUGUACGCAAUAAACUGAACUUUAUUCUGA